AUUUCUCCUCCUCCUUUUAUUUAUUUUUGGACUUUAACUGUAGAGCACCUGUUAGGGCGGGAACCCAAAACUUCACCCAUAAGAAAUGCCUGAGCCCAAGAUGAAUAUGCGGAAAGGCUCAAAAGUAUGGGCCGAAGACAAGAAUUUGGCAUGGGUUGCUGCUGAAGUAACGGAUUUCUUGGCCAAAAAAGUGCAAAUCCUUACUGUUACUGGAAAACAGGUUUUGACUGUGCCUGAGAAAUUGUGUCCGAGAGAUGCAGAUGAAGAGGAGGAGCAUGGAGGUGUUGAUGAUAUGACUAAAUUGACUUACUUGAACGAGCCUGGAGUGCUUUAUAAUCUUCAAAGAAGAUAUGCUCUUAAUGAUAUUUAUACGUACACGGGAAGCAUUUUAAUAGCGGUUAAUCCAUUCACCAAGCUUCCUCAUCUGUACAACGUGCAUAUGAUGGAGCAAUAUAAGGGAGCUCCAUUCGGUGAGCUAAGUCCCCAUGUUUUUGCCGUGGCAGAUGCAUCAUACAGAGCUAUGAUGAGUGAAGGUCGAAGCCAAUCUAUACUGGUUAGUGGAGAAAGUGGGGCUGGGAAAACUGAGACAACAAAAUUGAUUAUGCAAUAUCUCACUUUUGUUGGUGGCCGAGCUGCUGGUGACGACAGAACAGUUGAGCAGCAAGUCCUUGAAUCAAAUCCACUCUUGGAGGCAUUUGGUAAUGCAAGGACUGUUAGAAAUGACAACUCAAGUCGCUUUGGCAAGUUCGUUGAGAUCCAGUUUGAUGCAACUGGGAGGAUAUCCGGUGCUGCGAUUAGAACUUACCUUCUGGAACGCUCUCGUGUAGUUCAAAUAACAGAUCCUGAAAGGAAUUAUCACUGUUUUUAUCAAUUGUGUGCAUCUGAGAGAGAUGCAGAGAAGUACAAACUGGAUAACCCACAUCAUUUCCAUUACUUAAAUCAAAGUAAGACAUAUGAGUUAGAUGGGGUGAGCAACGCAGAAGAAUACAUAAAGACAAGGAGGGCAAUGGAUAUUGUUGGUAUAAGCAAUGAAGAUCAGGAAGCUAUAUUUCGCAUCUUGGCUGCAAUUUUGCAUCUUGGGAAUAUUGAAUUUUCUCCUGGCAAGGAACAUGAUUCUUCUACUGUAAAGGAUGAAAAAUCUAGCUUUCACAUGCAAAUGGCGGCUGAUCUUUUUAUGUGUGAUGCAAACCUCUUGUUUGCAACAUUGUGUACUCGUACAAUUCAAACCCGUGAAGGAAAUAUUAUAAAAGCUCUUGACUGUAAUGCCGCUGUUGCUAGUCGAGAUGCCCUGGCAAAGACUGUUUAUGCUAGGCUGUUUGAUUGGCUUGUUGAGAAGAUUAAUAGGUCUGUCGGGCAAGAUCCAACUUCCCUGAUACAAGUUGGAGUAUUGGACAUUUAUGGCUUUGAAUGCUUCAAAUAUAAUAGUUUUGAGCAGUUUUGCAUUAACUUUGCAAAUGAAAAACUUCAGCAACAUUUCAAUGAGCAUGUGUUCAAGAUGGAGCAAGAGGAAUAUAGAAAAGAAGAAAUUAAUUGGAGCUACAUUGAAUUUAUUGACAAUCAGGAUGUUCUGGAUUUAAUUGAAAAGAAACCUAUUGGAAUAAUUGCUCUUUUGGAUGAAGCUUGCAUGUUCCCAAAAUCAACACACGAAACUUUUACAACCAAGCUAUUUCAGAAUUUCCGGGCCCACCCAAGGCUGGAAAAGGCAAAAUUUUCAGAAACGGAUUUUACCGUUUCACAUUAUGCUGGCAAGGUUACUUAUCAAACAGACACCUUUUUAGAUAAAAAUCGUGAUUAUGUUGUUGUAGAACAUUGCAAUCUCAUGUUGUCUUCGAAAUGUCACUUUGUUGCUGGUCUUUUCCCUUCGCCUCCUGAGGAAUCUUCAAGAUCGUCUUACAAGUUUUCAUCUGUGGCCUCAAGAUUUAAGCAACAACUUCAGGCUCUUAUGGAGACCCUUAAUUCAACAGAGCCUCAUUAUAUACGUUGCGUGAAGCCGAACUCUAUGAACCGACCUCAGAAAUUUGAGAAUUCAAGCAUAUUACAUCAACUUCGCUGUGGGGGUGUGCUGGAAGCUGUUCGGAUAAGUCUUGCAGGUUAUCCCACUCGAAGAAGCUACACAGAGUUUGUGGAUCGAUUUGGACUAUUAGCUCCUGAAUUUGAUGGAAGUUGCAGUUAUGAUGAAAAAACUUGGACGGAGAAAAUUCUGCACAAGUUAAAGCUCGACAAUUUUCAGCUAGGUAGGACCAAAGUGUUUCUUAGGGCUGGUCAGAUUGGCAUUUUAGACCUGCGACGAGCUGAGGUUCUGGAUGGUGCUGCAAAGCGUAUUCAGCGUCAAUUGCACACAUUUAUUGCACGCCGAGAUUUUUUCUCAACACGUGCUGCUGCGUUUGCAAUUCAAUCAUAUUGCAGAGGAUGCCUUGCACGAAAAAUGUUUGCUGCAAAACGAGAGAGAGCAGCUGCCGUUUCCAUACAGAAGUAUGUCCGCAAGUGGCUAUUAAGGCGUGCUUAUUUGAAACUGCUCUCAGCUGCUAUUUUCAUGCAGUCAAACAUACAUGGUUUCCUGACUCGCAAAAGAUUUCUGCAAGAAAAGAAGCAGAGAGCUGUCACCCUAAUUCAGGCUCGUUGGAAGAUUUACAAGUUCCGCUCAGCUUUGCGACAUCGCCAGGCUUCUAUCAUAGCAAUACAGUGUCGUUGGAGGCAAAAGCUGGCAAAAAGAGAGCUCCGAAGGCUUAGACAAGAGGCUAAUGAAGCGGGUGCCUUGCGUUUAGCUAAGACUAAACUUGAGAAGCAGUUAGAAGAUCUCACAUGGCGGUUGCAUCUAGAAAAAAGAUUGCGGGUAUCAAAUGAUGAGGCUAAAUCAGUUGAAAUUUCCAAGCUUCGAAAUACUGUGUCAUCUAUGAGCCUUGAGUUAGAUGCAGCUAAGUUCGCUACUAUCAAUGAAUGCAACAAAAAUGCAGUAUUGCUAAAACAAUUAGAAUUGACAGUGAAUGAAAAAUCAGCUUUGGAAAGAGAACUUGUAGUGAUGGCUGAACUGAGAAAAGAAAAUGCUUUACUGAAGAGUUCUUUGGAUGCCUUGGAAAAGAAAAACUCUGCUAUUGAGCUUGAGCUUAUUAAAGCUCAAAAGAAUGGUAACGAUACCACUAUGAAGUUGCAGGAAAUUGAAGAGAAAUGUUCUCAGUUUCAACAAACUGUUCGAAGUCUGGAGGAGAAGCUUUCUCAUUUGGAAGAUGAGAAUCACGUCCUUCGACAAAAAGCUUUGACCCCAUCCUUGAAGAGCAAUCGCCCUGGUUUUGUGAGGGCAUUUUCUGAAAAAUACUCUAGUGCGCUAGCUCUUGCCCGCUCUGAGCAGAAGUCUGCAUUUGAAUCUCCUACACCAUCAAAACUUAUUGUGCCUUCCUUGCAUGGUUUAUCAGAAUCACGUCGAUCGAAGUUUACAGCUGAACGUCACCAGGAGAACUAUGAAUUCCUCUCAAAAUGCAUCAAAGAAGAUUUGGGUUUUAUUGAUGGCAAACCACUAGCAGCUUGUAUCAUAUACAGAUGUCUUCUUCACUGGCAUGCCUUUGAAUCUGAGCGCACAGCCAUUUUUGACUAUGUUAUUGAAGGAAUAAAUGAAGUUCUGAAGGUUGGGGAUGAGAACAUUACGUUACCAUAUUGGCUGUCAAAUGCCUCAGCACUACUUUGCCUUCUCCAAAGGAACUUAAGGUCAAAUGGCUUUUUGACUGCAGCUGUUCCAUCUUCUACAUCUUCUGGAUUAUCAGGGAGGGUCAUUCAUGGUCUUAAAUCUCCUUUCAAAAUCAUGGGAUAUGAGGAUGGUCUGUCACACGUGGAAGCAAGAUAUCCAGCAAUACUAUUUAAACAACAACUAACUGCAUGUGUGGAGAAGAUUUUUGGCUUGAUUAGAGACAACUUGAAGAAAGAAUUAUCACCACUGCUGGGUUUAUGUAUUCAGGCACCCAAAUCUGCACGGCAUGCUGGGAAAUCAUCAAGAUCACCUGGUGGCAUUCCUCAACAAGCAGCUAGUAGCCAGUGGGAGAGCAUUAUUAAAUUUUUGGAUUCUCUCAUGGACUGUUUACGUGAGAAUCAUGUACCAUCUUUCUUCAUCCGUAAGCUCAUCACCCAGGUUUUCUCUUUUGUCAAUAUAUCCCUUUUUAACAGCCUUCUACUACGACGUGAAUGUUGCUCAUUUUCAAAUGGGGAGUAUGUGAAAUCUGGUCUAGCAGAACUGGAGAAAUGGAUAGUGGUUGCAACGGAAGAGUAUGCAGGAACAUCUUGGCAUGAGCUAAAUUAUAUUAGACAAGCUGUUGGGUUUCUGGUAAUUCAUCAGAAGAGAAAAAAGUCUCUUCAAGAAAUCAUGCAAGAUCUGUGUCCAGCAUUGACCGUUCGCCAAAUCUAUCGUAUAAGUACCAUGUACUGGGAUGAUAAAUAUGGCACUCAGAGUGUGUCAAAUGAGGUGGUUGCCCAAAUGAGAGAAAUGUUGAACAAGGACAAUCAGAAUAUGACCUCAAACUCUUUCUUGUUGGAUGAUGACCUCAGCAUUCCAUUCUCUACUGAGGAUAUAGACAUGGCAAUUCCUGUAAUAGAUCCUUCCAGCGUUGAACUCCCAAAGUUGUUGACAGAACAUCCUUGUGCUCAGUUUCUGGUCCUAUGUCAAACGUAAAUGAUUAGUCUUGUAGCUGCAAAAGAACCGCAAAAUUAACCUUGGAAGUCUAGCUUGUUGUGGAGGUUUGAAGACCAUUUUAUUUGGUUUCUACAGGAAGACAACUUUGAGUAGUGACCAUCAAAAUGUCAGUAUAUUGAUUUUAUAUACUGCCCAUUUGCUGGAUAGAUACUUCUGUUUGGAUAUUGGGGAUCCAAUUGGCGUUAUUUAAUGGAUAGAUACAUUAUUUUCAGAUCUAGUCAGCUUUACAUGGUCGGUGAUCAUCAUAGGUUAAGGAUGCUUCUAUUUUUUGUGUGAAGCUCAUUCUUUCUUUGUACAUGUUUUCACUUCUGAAUGGCGUCCUGUUGUAUUAUGAUUAUGAUUUUUUUUCCCUUCCUAAUUUGGAAUCUGUAUAUAUAGAAUUACAUAUUUAGUUCAUUCA